AUGCCACAACCUUCUACAAAUUGGAGUGCAGUAGUUGAUAACAGGUUGAUAUUCGAACAUCAACAACUGCAUAAUGAGGCACAACAGACAGAUGCAGAAAUUAUUAUUGAUCGCCUCAACAAUGAUCAACGAACAACCUAUGAUGCAAUCACUUCCUCAGUCUUUGAAAAUAAAGGAACUAUUUUCUUUUUGAAUGGAGGUGCCGGAACAGGGAAAACGUUUUUGUACAAUGCGAUUGCAUUAAAGUGUCGCAGCCUUGGCCAUAUUGUUAUUACUGUGGCUUCAUGUGGAAUUGCAUCAUUGUUAUUGGUAGGAGGUCGUACUGCUCAUUCAACUUUUUCCAUUCCGUUGGAUGUAUUGGAAAAUUCAAUUUGUGGAUUUAGCAAGCAAUCAUUACAAGCAGAAUUGUUUAGAGAAACAAAACUUAUUAUCUGGGAUGAAGUUCCUAUGCAGCAUAGACAUUGUGUUGAGGCAGUUGAUCGCACACUUCGAGACACUUGUGAUAGUGAAAAGCCAUUUGGGGGUAUCACUGUUGUUCUUGGUGGAGAUUUUCGACAAAUCUUACCAGUUAUAACCAAAGGAGUCCGUGAGCAAAUUAUUGGGACAAAUCCUCAGGAAAUUGUUAAACUUCCAUCAACAAUACACAAAUGCCAAGAUCUAAAGGACAUAAUCUCAGUAGUUUAUCCGCAACUGGAUGUGGCAAUGACAUCGACUGCAACAUUUUUAACUGAACGUACAAUUCUUUCUGCACGGAAUGAUGAUGUCAGUGCUAUCAAUACUGCAACAUUGAAUAUUUUUCCCGGCAACACACACACUUAUUUGGCAGCAGACAAGAUGUCUGAAGAUGAUGAAAUUGAUCAUCCUCCUGGGCUACCGGCUUUUAAGGUAGAGUUGAAAGUGGGUUGUCCUAUAAUGAUGUUAAGAAAUAUUGCACCAAAAGAUGGACUGUGCAAUGGCACAAGAUUGAUGGUUUCUAGAUGCAAUACUCGCAUAAUUGAAGCUCAAAUUUUAACGGGAGAAAAAUGUGGCAAUUUGGUAUUCAUACCAAGGAUAUCCUUGACACCGUCUUCUUCAGAAAUGCCUUUUCGAAUGACAAGACGUCAAUUUCCAGUUCGAUUGGCAUAUGUCCUGACCAUUAAUAAGUCUCAAGGACAAUCUGUGAAAUUUGUUGGAGUUUAUUUGCGCACACCAGUGUUUAGUCAUGGGCAAUUGUAUGUGGCCCUAUCUAGAUACACAUCCUUUGAUCGUAUAAGUGUCCUCCUUCCCAAUGAUGAGCCAGAUUCUACUACAAACAUUGUUUAUCCUGAAAUUUUGUUAUAG